ACCGGAAGCGGUGCAAAUUGGAAAAUGGCGCUUCCCAUGAAUUGAACUGAAAUGGGGGAACCCUGAAGUCUCUUGCUGCCAGAAACAUCACCAUGGACAUCCCUGGUGACAACACUGCUGUGAUUCGGAUGAAACGAGAGUUUGAUGCCUUUGUGUCAGCCAGUAGGAGACAACAAAUAGAAGGGAGCUUCAACCUCAACCAAGCUGAAAAUGACGAUACAAACACAUCCUCAUCUCCUGUCGUGUCAAUGAGAAACCUCCUAGACAAGGAGAAGGAGGAGAAACUGAUGAAAGCAGAGGUGAUUACGGCCAAAAGUUUGAUUGUCAAACUGGAGACUGAAGUAAACACACUUCGGACGUCUAACAAGAGGACACGUAUUGAAUUUGAGAAGGACCUUGGCAACUUGACAAAUGACAGACAGCGGGAGUCAGAGAAAGUUGAAGAACUGAAGUCCCGCUUGCAGUAUCUUGCUGACAGAGAGAAGACUGCUCGAGAAGAGCUGCAGGAGCUGCGCCGAGACCUGAGGGCGGCAGCUGCAGAGGAGAAGCAGCUGGCUCUACAGAAGGACAAGCUGCAGCUGGAGGAAGAUCUACAACAGGCCAAUGAGCAAUCAUGGGAGAAGAUUACGGAGCUGAGGAACCAGUCCAUGAGGACUCAGAUGGAACUCCAGAUCUGUCAGACAGAACUGGAGGAGACCAAGGCACAACUCAAGCUGCAGCUCAAACGAUCAGCUGAGACUACUGCCCAUCUGAAGGAGCUUGAAGAUUUCCGUCUACGAGCUGUACAGGCUGAACAGAAAAUAAAGGACCUGGAGGACCAGGAGCGUCUGCACCAGGAAGAUGUCACCAUCACUCGUGCACUGAGGACUCAGUUGGAGAACCUCCCCAACCUGGAGAGGGAGCUGGACAAGCUGAAAGAGGAUAACAAGUACUACAAGGAGACGGAGAAGAACACCCUGCUGCUGGAGGAGCAGAUUGAGGGUCUGACCAAGAAACUGCAGCGGACUGAGGACAGGAUGGUGGACUACACCCAGCUGCAGCUGGACAAUGAGAGUUUAAAGAUCAACCUUGAGAGAUGGCAGGGGAAGUCAGCAGCUGGACUUGGGAACCCUCUGUCGCCGACAGAGUUGUCCCUCCAGGUGGCGGAGCUGCAGAGUGCCCAGAUGCUGGCGACGGUUGAGUAUGGCAAACUACAGUCCAGGUUCAACUCCCUUCAGGCAGAACUGCGGGAAAAAAACUGCAAGUACCAGGCCCUGGUCCAGGAGGCGAGUGCUGGGAAGACUGGGUCGCAACAUCAGCAGGAUCUCAUAAAGAGGCUCCAGCGGAAACUGUUGUUGGUCAGCAAGGAACGCGAGGGCUACAAGCGAAUCCUGGAUUCGUAUGAAAGUGAAGUGACGGUGAACGUUGGUGCACUGCAGGCGAGCCGUGUCCAACAGCUGGAGCAACUCCUCCAUGACUACCGCGUUCAGACAGAGUCCCUGGAGGCGGAGCUUGGACGCACUGCCCACGAGGUGUCACAGACCAAGUCCAAGUGUCUAGAGCUGGAGACACUGACCACCAAUAAAGGGGAGAAGGCAGAACAGUCAACAAAGAGUGACCAGAGAACUAUACAGGAACUGAAAGAGAGAAUCAUUGAGCUGGAGUUGGAAUUGGAGAAGAGGAACAAACAGGUCAACCUCCUGGAGGCGCGGAUAGAACAGAGGAACCUCCAGGGUGAUUAUGAUCCGUCCAAGACGAAGGUGGUCCACUUCACUAUGAACCCUGCUGAGAUAGCUCAGAGACACAGAGAAGAGGAGCUGAAAAGGUUGCAUGAUGAAAAUGACAAACUGAAACAGAGGCUGAAGUUGCUAGAGGAAUCUGGAGGCUCGGUGGAUGACCUGACUCAGAAGGUGGAGAAGAAACUACAGGAACCAGAUGCCGGAAAGGAGGUGGAAGAGCUGAAGAGCCAGCUGACCCGGGAAGAGCUGCGCAACAAGCGACUGAUGGAGGCAUUCAAAAAGACGAGCCAGGAGUUCCGUGAGGUGUGCUACCAGCUGACAGGCUACAAGAUUGACAUCCCCUGUGCCAGUCAGUACCGACUCACAAACAUGUAUGCCGAUUCCCCACAAGACUACCUGCUGUUUGCUCAUAGCUCCUCGGGUGAGACACAGAUGCUCCAAACGGCUUUCUCCGAGACGGUGCAGGAUCUCAUUGACCUUUACCUUGCUAAACAGGACAGUAUCCCGGCAUUCCUCAGUAGCGUCACACUGCAACUGUUCAGUAGUCGAACCAUGUGUGCAGAUUGAGUGUACCUCUCAAGUGAGGGUUUUAAUGUCAAGGUGUGCACCUCUGAAAAGGGUUUUAAUGUCAAGGUGUGCACCUCUCAAGUGAGGGUUUUAAUGUCAAGUGACCUCUGGUGACAGAGAUGCCUCUCCUUGCAAUGAACACUGAUGAUGAUGAUGAUGGAAUGCAGUACACAGUGAUGUAACGCUGCUUUUGCUGCUGCUGGAAUGCAGGGCCUAGAUUUUCGAAGCUCUCUUAGCGCUAAGAUAGUCGUAAGUGCCAUACAUUAACGUUGACUUACGACUCUCUUAGUGCUAAGAGAGCUUCGAAAAUCUAGGCCCUGUGAUGUAAUUCUAAUGCUGCAGAUACCAAGUCUGCUGAGUGUUGGAAAUUCACUAAAUAUGCGACUGUCUGGAAGGUGACUAACUGCUUGUAGGUCAUCAGUAUAUAUGAUCAGUGAACAUGAAGAGAUGGAUGGAGAUGUGCACGUGGAAUCCUGCCUUUGUAACCAUUGGAAACGACAGUUGUUAUCGUGUACAGUAACUGUUGAUACUGAUAUGUUGUUUUUUUAGGAAGAUAAUAAAGAUCACACAUGUAA